AAAGUCGCUUGAGGUUCGGUCGGCCAUAUUGGAUGGGGGAGGAGAUGGCGACGUAACGCUCGCGCCACCAUAGCGCGCGCGUCAUCCUUGAGCAAGAUGGCCGCCCGUUAGCAGCAGCGGCGGCGUCGGCGGCUUCGGGUUCCACAUUGAAGUUGUCCACGCGCCCACGUCACGCCGAUUCGCGACUCUUUUAACUGUGCAUAACGGUACUGCGAUUCGUGACAAACCCCAGUGUACUGGAUGUAUGGUUGAACUUCUUUCGCACCGUACGUAGCUAACCAUUGCUAAUCGGAUGUGCUUACCUCAUAAAACACUUGCGUAUUUUCCGCACUUAAUGACGGGGCCAGUCUAGGAAACACCCACCAUUGACUUACCACAACUCACUCUGCUGACCCAGGAAAUACAUUUACGACGAUAGCUACAUUCAUUACCACAAACAAAAUGUACUCGAUAAACGUGACAUUAAUCUAGCAGUGGAUUGAUCACGGCUGAUCUAUUUAAUAUAUUUAAUUUGAGCGAUUUGCUUAGCUUCCCUAUCCUUUUUUUGUAUUGUUAUCGUCACUCACUGAUCCGCCCCUACUGAACGAACUGCAAUAAAGAGCUUCGUAGCGCAUCGGAUUUAUCCUUUAGUCUAAAUCAAGAUUCUGACGCUGGCGUCGCCGCGCGAAUUUGCGGACGCUAAUGAGUGAAUAGCGGCGCGCAGCGCGUAACGCAGAGCCAGACGCACGUGCGCAGCGUCGCGCCUCGCUUCUGUUGUCUCCGGGUCCACGCAUCCCCUUGCCCCCUCGAGUUCCCGGGGGUCUCCUCCCUGCUCUUCCCGUGCACACCGGACGCCUCGGAGCCAUGGCGAGGAGGAGAGCGAUCGGCCUGGCGUGCGGCUUGGCCGCGUCUGCCGCGGCGGUGCUGGUGCACAGAUCCACCCUUGAUCACCCGCCCAGCAUCAACGUGGACGCGCCGCCAGUGAAGUCCGCCGCCCCGGACAAGAACCCCGCGGUGUCGACUUUGGCCUCCUGGGACCACAACUGGGACCGGCGCCAAUCCACGUUCCUGGCGGCGAAGGCCAAGGUGAAGGAGAGCACCGUGAAUGGUGUUCAGGAGCCGGUGCUAAACGGGAAGGAGAAACACAGGGGCACUGGCGCCACGCGCCACAUCCUCCUCGUGCGCCACUCGCAGUACAACCUCGCCGGACCGACCGACGAGCAGCGCUUCCUCACCGACACCGGGCGUGAGCAGGCCGAGCUGACGGGGCAGCGGCUUGCCAGCCUGGGCUUUCCCUACACCCGCAUAGUGCAUUCCAGCAUGAGACGUGCCAUCGAGACGGCGCAGAUCAUCAGCACGCACCUGCCCGACGUGGCCCUGAGCAGUAGCGACCUGCUCAGGGAGGGCAUGCCCAUCCCGCCCGAGCCCCCCAUGCGCCCCAAGCCCGACUUCCAGUACUUCACGGACGGGGCGCGGAUCGAGGCGGCGUUUCGCCAGUUCAUCCACAGAGCAGAGCCCGAGCAGCAGGCAGAUUCGUACGAGAUCAUCGUGUGCCACGCCAACGUCAUCCGCUACUUCGUCUGCAGGGCGCUGCAGUUCCCGCCCGAGGGCUGGCUCCGGAUGUCGCUCGAUAACGGCAGCAUCACUUGGCUGGCUGUGCGGCCCAGCGGCCGGGUCGGACUCCGGUCGCUCGGGGACUCGGGCUUCAUGCCGGCCACCAAGCUGACACACUGACAGCGACCCACAAGCCGGCUCGCCAACGCUGGCAGAUGAGUCUGUUAUCCUGCCUGCCGCGGCACCACGCUCUCUCCGGGUUCUGGAGGUUUUGAUUUUGUUUUAUAGGGGUGUCACUCACCGGACGCUCGUCUAGAGGCUGUGCACGUGUCCAAUAAAAUCGUUUUGUAUUGACCACACAAACGAGGUUCUGGGCGUGUAAA